AUUCUGUUGCGGGAAGAGGUACUUUUCAUUGGUGUCUGUUUAUAGUACGUUAAUGUGAUUGAAGUAUGGCGGUGUUUAAAACUUGGAAAUAAUUGUAUGUAUGUAGAUUAUUAUAAGGGCUUACAGCAGGACAUGCCAGGAAAUUUGACAGGCUCUGUUCUGUCGACGAUUCAGAUUGAAAAGUUAGGACAUAGCCUGGAGGAGAUCAGACUACGUGCUUUAAAUAGUGUUGUGUCAAAACUUGAAUAUGGAUUUGUCAGUGAGAAAGAACUUAUAGCUCAGAAGAGUUUGGUUGAGAAACUGCUUAAUUGGUUUAAUUUUGAAACAUGCCCAGAGGCAGAGAAAGUAUUGAACCUCAUCCUGCGGUUAAUAAAGUCUGAUGUAGAUGGAACACUGCACAUGCUAGUAAAGACUGAGGGAAGUUGCAGAGUUCUUGAUGCGAUUCGUACCAAGGUGGAGCCUAGGCUUGUAUGUUUGGUUGAUGAAAUUGUGACUGCAGUAGACAGAAAUGAACUUGAACCACGUGUCACCGAUCUGAAAGAAAACAGCAGACCAUCAACUGGCAGGCAAGAAGCAAGCCAAAGAAGUGUCGGGACAACAGCUACCCCCGUAGAUGUUCAAGUAGAGGGACAGCAAGUGUCAGAAGACCUGCAUUUGAGCCCAUCCAAAGUGCCUCAUCAGCACAGUCAUGGCUACUUCAGCAGUGGGAACGCUACAGAUGAGGCUGCGGCAGUGCGUUCACAGGAACCAAGCUGCUUCCGAUGCCUUCUGCUACCUUGGCAGCCACUUGUCGUGACGGAUCGUCACGUCUUACUGUCCAUCGAGGAAUCACUUGCCAGCACCACAGACCUACCUUUUAUCCUUCACACUUGCCAGUUCUUCACAGAUGUGAUGCUACAAGACUUUCCUGCAGAGGUCUUCUUGCAGAGACCUGCAAUAAUUAAGGCAUUCUUCGAUUUACUUAACAGUGACAGCAGAGUGUGUGACAUUGUGGCAUGUUGCCUCUGUAGACUGACAGCAGCUCUGCGGGUCAGAGUGCGCUACUACAGUGAUCCUGGAAUUACCAACCUUAAGCAGGCAACUUGUGAUAGGCCUGAUUCCAGUGUUUCAUCUGCCAGUUACAUGUCAGGUCACCCUUCUGCCACUUUGAACACAGACAAAUCUGUCACAGGCAAUGAUGUAGCUCAGUGCAACCAGGAGUCUGCAGGAUAUCAAGGUUAUCAACAAAAUGCACCUAGUGAAGCAGGCUACUCGAGUGAAACUACAGAAGAUUCUGUGCUGUUGCAGCUGCAGCAGCUAACUUUGCCACAGUACUGCUUGCUUUGUCUGCUCUAUACUGUGCCUCAUCUUGGUCCCAGCUCAGGAUCUCGGAGACAGACCAAUAUGAACUGUUGUGUACUCUUGGCAGCAGAGCUUGCUAAGCUGCUGGCCAUGUGCAUAAAACCGAGCGUUUGGUUUUUUUCUGAUUCUGUAGCGCAAGAUGUUAAAGAACACCUGACACAGGUGUUGAUGUUAGUAGGAGAAGUCUUGGAGAAACACAGAUCUGUAGGUGUUUAUGAAGAGGCCAACCGAUUAACUUAUCUGCAGAUCUUGGCGCUGACUCGAAAGUUGUUAGUGGCCAUAGUUCCUGUUUCUGUUGGAGACAGUGUCUUACAUCAAAAGUUCAAAAGUGUCUUGUGUGGAAGUUUGAUAGAUUUGUCUGUUAUUGCUUUUUUUCCAAUGCUGCAUACAGAUAUUCUGCAGUAUGUGAAGGCAUUUCAUACUUUAUCUGACGCUGACUGCUUCGCGAGAUAUGAGACUGCUAUGAUGAUAUGUGCAUCUAUGAAGGCUGCAGUGAAAUUUCUGAAGAAUCACAAUAAGCUUGAAAGAGAGUCAUUUGUAGUGCUGGAUGAAUCAUUACCAAGUCUUCCAUUUCAUGGGAAUCUUGACAUAGUGAGGCAUUGUGUUGAGAUUGCUGUUAAUAAACUUUAUCAUAUGUCCUUUGAUGAGAGCAGCUGGAAAGUUGUUACAGGUGUAAUUCUUAAACUGCUGGCUCAUUCUGAGCCAAAUGUGAGACUUGAAAUGUACAGCUGUUGUCACAAAUAUGUGGUGGUGAUACUGGGUGUUCAGCAAGUGUCACAAAUGUCUGUUGAUGGUUUGAGACAGCUGGAUUUCCUAUGUGAUACUGCAGUGCUAAUAGAGAUCAUCACCCAUGGAGCUGCAAGCUUGGACAAGAAGAUACAACAGUAUUCAGAAGAGAUAUUGAUUCAUUUACUGAAAGGCAAGUUCCUACUUCCUGAGCCAGCAUGGCGGAGUUUCCUGGAACGUCUGAUUCCAGCACUUCCCCUGCUUCAGUGCUAUGCUGACAAAACCACGUCACUUGGUCGAACUGUAGUAAAAAUAUUUGAGCCAGAGACCAGCCAGUCAAUUUACCUGCCUAUGGCAGAGGUUUUAAAAGGAAAUCUUCGACUGCUGUUUUGUAGCGAUCCAUUGACGAGGGAAGAAGCCGUGUCAAGACUGACCUGGAUAAUGAAUAGAGAAGAGAGAGCAUUUGAGAAACUUCCAGAUUUCUCAUCUUUGAGAGGUCUUUUACUCAACUCUGUUUGUUUGACUGACAGACCAGUCGAUCUUGACCAUAGAAGAAUGCAGCAACACUUUUAUCAGGUCAGCAGUCUCUGUCAAGUGGUAGAGCUGUUGAAAUCAAAAGGAGUGGAACCUGCUGUUAGAAGGUCGGCUCUCACACAAAUCAGUGUGAUGUUGGAGGACCAUACUUUGCAUGACCAGUUCUUGGAGCAAGAUGGCUUGGACUUGAUACUUGAUAUUUUACAUAAAGCCCUGGUGGAUAAGGAGCGCAGCAACUCUCCUGAUUCUGUGAUCCCUUGCGUCAGUGUACUGAAGAGCAUGGUACUGUACAGCACGAAACUCCGGCAGGAACUCUCGCGUCAUGCUAGCCUUUUCUCAUGUAUUGUACGAGCUGUGUAUCUGUAUAGUGGUGAUGACAGGUUACGAUCAGAUUCUUCGGUGCUGUUGUGUCUGCUUCUGUACAGUGACUUCAUAUUGUGUGUCCCUGAGCCAGCCAGCAGUAGCUCUCCAUGGCAUCGCUUCUCCCUCCCUGACUUGGUGGCUCGGCAUAUGAGACUCCCAUUUCUGUGUCACACGCAUUGGCACAGCAGUCAUCACACACAGCACUCAGAAAAAAGAGAAUUGCUGAAGGAUGAGGGUUGCUGCUCUUUGCUUCGACUUUGCUGGAACGUGCAGUGGUUCGGUGGAGUAGAGGUGGUCCUGAAUUGGUCUGAAGUACCACCCAAUGCGGCUAUAAGCGAGGAUAAACUGUCUGGGUUUGCGUGUGAACUGAGACUUUUGGAAGGAGAUUUGAGGUGCCUGAAAGCAACAGCUGUGGUUCGCAGAUGCAAGCAGCAUUUCUACGAUAUUCAGAAUGCUACCACACAUCAAGCGGUACUGAAAGCUGUUAACUGUGUAACAGGGUACCUUGCACUUCACAUAUUGGUCAGUGGCAAAAUGAAUUGCCAUAUGGAACCAACAUUAAACUUCUUGGUUGCAUCUCAGCUUGAGUCUUCUGAUUGGUGGCAUGAUUUGCCGUGGGCUGAUACUUUUAAGAGGUUCCUUGCAGUUUCCCCGGCAUCCACUGAGGAUCAGCAGUUACUUGUUUCUGUGUUGGAGUUGUUGCAACUGUACCUCAGUACGUGCUGCAGAAGGAAACAAGCAGGUGUUGGAGAGCUGGUAUGUCAAGGUUACUGGAUAACGAAAAUUCUCAAGGAUGCAACUCAACCAUUACCAAACCAUCUGUUAAGAAUAGCAGCUGUAGCUAGUGGAACGGAUGAUGACUGUCUGGUAUCGAAACAGCUGUGUCGAGAAAUACUGAAGUUGGUCCAGGAGUGCUCAUCGCACGAGAGGAAAUUAGAGGAAGCUGAAAGUGCAGUGCCAAAGAAAAGUGCGGGUGGCGACACUGGCAGUCGCUCGGGCUCUUGGACUCACAUAAUCCAGGCAGUCACACAGAAUCUUACCUUCAGUGACACACAGACCUUCUAUAACCUGGCCUUCCUGGACUGGAUGUUGUCAUGCUUGGCUCACCUCACAAGCACGCUCGGUUGGACUGAUCACCCAGAUGGCCAUGUUCACCGAUUGUGGAGUGAACUUAUCUCGUGUUUGACGGAGCUAGUGACUGCAUUUCCCUGUGGUAAAGAUGGGGCUGGCGUAGCUUCCUUUAUGGGUGUCAGUAUCACUCGCAAUGCAAUGCUGUGUAUGAACCAUCUGCUCUGUGAGAUGCAGCACAGCACAUCCAACAAGGGUUGGGAGACAGUGUGGCUGUGUUCCCUGGGAGCAGAAACUCACGCAGCUGGACAGGCCAACCUAAUGUGGUUACCUCCAUUGUGGAUGAGUCGCGACACGGUAGUUCGUUCCGCUGCCCUGCAGCUAGUGGCUGGGUUCUGUUUAUCACACCAGGGAUGCGAAUAUCUUCUGUCAGGGCUUUCUACCAUAGCAGGUGGCAUGUGGGGUGCAGGUCUCAGCUUCCUGCUUGAUCAUGAAGAAGCCUGCCUUGUGAGGGAACAGGCUGCAAUACUGCUGACAAAUUUGAGCAGCCACAGUACAGGAGGCGCUACCCUGAGCCUGUUCCGUGCGCCUCUGAACUCUGCAGAGGUGCCACUGACUGGAGUCCAGGCACUUGAGUCUCUUCUUUCUCAGUGCAACUUCUACGGAGAGGUAGCUACAGUGUUGUCACGUCUCUGUAUGGGCAGGACAGUGGAUCCAAAUGGAUUUAACAGGGCAGAUGGCUGGAGUGCCAGGUCUUCAUUCAGUCAGCAAGUGCCACCAGAGGAGGGAAUUCCGCGUGAACAUUAUUCAGUGGUCUGUAACAGGAACUCUGAAAGCAGUUCUUCCAUUGAUCCUAGAGCACCAGCCAAAAGUUUUGCUGAUGGCAGUUUGCACGUGGAGUCUCACGUGAAGACCACACCAGGUCUCGUCAAGGCAGUUUGCUGGCUGUUGGUCAAUUUGUUGACUCUCAGUCCUGAUGAUGCACUUCAUCGCAUCAAUAAAUUUAGCCUGGUCAGGUUGUUAUUCAGCUGCCUAGUGGCAGGAGUUCCUCAGCAAGAUACAUGUGAUAUCAGCGUGCUCCAGUAUGUGGAUAUCCUUGAAAUGCAAACUGCAAUCUGCUGUAUUCUGUCCAAGUGUGUUUUACUGGAUGAAACGUGCCUCAGUACAGUUGUCGGCACACAUGACUUUGUCCGUUCUUUACUAGUGCUGCUUGAUCCAGUUACGUAUUCAACUCCUCCUCAACUGGUGUUCUUACGCAAUCAAUUGUGGACUGAGUUAUUUAAACUCUUCUCAGCUGUCUUGUCAGGAAAGCAAGGUUUUGAAACAGUACAAGACAACCUGUUUCAAUGUGGACCGUGGCCAUACUUCUCUACGCUUAUGACGGCUAUCGAGACUGACUUAUCAGCAGACUUGCGUUACGCAGCCCUGACAUCCUUCACGUCAGUGAUGUCACAAGAGAUCAGGACGAGAUCAGUUCCAGGAGAGUCCUGUUCUCUGCAGAAUAUUCUGGAUGAUAACUUCUCUGUACCUGAGGAACAGGAUUCUCACACAGCUCAGCAUUCCUUGCUUCCUCUUGGACAGAUGGGUUCUUUCCAGUAUGAAACUGUGUUUCACAGAAAAGGACUUGUUUCUAGCAAACAUUCAGUAAAACAUCUCAGAAUCAUAUCUGAAUCCGAUGAGCAAAAGCAUUUGUCUUCUGAUUGUCAGUCUGCUGCCGGUGAAACUGAAAGUGACUCCAGUAGAAGCAUAACAAAUUAUAAGAACAAGAACAUGUGUCAUUCCUCAAAGGAAUCUAAAGGAAAGUUAGAUGCAGAUAUGAAUGAAUCUCCGUCAGUCAGGACAGAGGGAGGAAUUUUGAAGAAUGAAGCACUUGGUGCAAGAUUCUGCAGUUUGCUUCUGAAACUCUAUGAAGUACAUAGUCUUCCACAAGGCAGCGAUGCUAAGGGCAAAACACUGGUAACAGCUGCUCUGUCAAGUCUCUUGGCAGUUUCUGCAGAAGCAAAGAAAGCAGCUCUGAGACAAGGUCUGCUUGAGACAUUGGUGAUACAACUUCGAGAAUUGCAUGUAAGGUUGAGCCUUGAGUCCGCUGAAAAUCUGCGUCGAGUAAGCGCUAAGAAAAAGGUAUGUCCUGUAUUGAGGGAUGUUGGUAUCCUGUUCACAAUACUGACCAAUUUCCUAAAUGGUGACAGCGAUGUUAAAGUGGCCGCGGCAGAGAUGGGCUUGGCUGACGUGAUGCAUAAACUGUGGGUUUGGUGCUGUGCACUGCCAAGUCUCUUAGAAGAUGCUCUGAAAAUGUUAUCCACGUUCACUACCUUAUGCCUUUCAGCCACGCAAUCACUUGUGCUGACAACAACAGUUGUCGGUGUAGGACUCAGGAAAACACCAAGUUCAUUGUCUUUACUGCAUGAAAUUGUGAGCCUUGUUCAUAGAGAGAUGGAAGCAUUGAACUGUGCCCAUGAAGCAAGAAUUCUCAGUUUGUCAUUUCAAAUAUUAACAAACUCAUGUCAGUCACAAGAAUGUAGAAACGUUAUUGCCAAGAGUACGCUGUUCCAGUGUCUUCCCAAGCUUCAUCCAUCGCUCACCAAGAAACAGAAGCACUGGGAGGAAGUAGAAUUGAUUUGGCUUGAAUUUAUGUCAGACUUCACAUUCCAUUCCGAGGGGCAGCUGGCAGUGCCUAAGAUUACAGAUGCAGUGGACCUUCUCAUAUCACUAGCAGCAAGUUCCAAAGUGGCAAAUAAAAUGGCUGCAUUGUAUGUUCUACGUAACAUUUCUUUUCAUCAUCUAAACCGUCCAAGGCUUCUGGGCUCAGGUGAGUUCCUGCAAAUGUUGCAUCAGAAGCUUGGUGAUGGAACUCCAGAAGAGAAGACUGUAGCAGCUUCCAUGGUGUGGGCUCUAGUAGCCAAUUACCAAAAAGGAAAGCUUGUAAUAAAGUGUGCAGGAAUUGAUAAAAAACUUCAGGAAGCCUAUAAUCAGUUGCGCCUCCUUUCUGCCAGCGAAGAUAAUGAAGCUGAUGAAAGAAUUUGUAUCAUAAGAAAUGCCCUUCAAAUUAUCUAUGCUGAAAACAGCACAGCAAGAAGGAGAUGACACUAGGUAUUUUAAUUUUGUUCCUGUCAUUGACAGUUGAAUGAAAGUCCUAAUAACGUGAUUACAAGAUUGUGCUGUAUCACGCCAACUUUGUGUUUUAUUGAUAUUUCAGUAAAAAGGACAGAGAUUCUUCAGGAAAUGGGCAAUAAUGGAAGUUAAUAUUACUGAAAGGGUGGGAUUAAUAUGUGUAUAGAAGACUCAUUAUGUACGCACGUUGCUUGCUAUUUCUCGUAGGCUAGUACAGCAUCUCGAAACCAACAGGUAACCUAAAUGCAGCAUUUAAUUUUUUUAAAUCUACAAAUACAAUUUUACGUCGACUUUGUUGUGCGUUAUAAGUUUACUCAUAAUAUUUCAUCAUAGUAUUGAAACAUUUUUUUCACAUGGAAUUUCAUCAUUUUAACUAAAUGCGCACUAUUUGUUUGGUGUAGUAUUAUUACUGUGAUGAGGGAACAGCUGUGAACUAAAAGAUGGAGGAUGUGUGGACUGACGUUUACUGUGUAAUACAAAUAACGGAUGUAUUUAGUGUUUUUAAUUUAAGUGGGCGUAUUGUGGAAUAAAUAAAAAGUAUUUUUAACAAUGUGA